AACUUAUGUUGAAAUAUGGGCAGGCAAAUUGUUCUAGAUGAAAACCUCGUUGAUCCCGGUAUGCGUAGCAGAUUGUGGGAUCGUGCUCAAAUCAUGGCUGUUUUGAAGGGUCACGCGGGAACUAGAUCUAUUCAAGGAAUUGUGUUUGAUUUUGAGGAAGAAAGAUUUUAUAAAACCAAGGCUGAAUCAGUUUUUUCAAAGAAUCUUCAGGGGAGAUUAAGCUUAAAAAAUGUAUCAACAUACAUCAAACAAUGCCUUAAGAAUUGUCUCCGACCUCAAGCAGAGGAAAACAAAGAGGUUGUACUUCAUACGAAAUCCUUUGAACCAAUGGUUAAUCUGAGACAGCUUCAGAUCAAUAAUCUGAAAUUAGAAGGAAAGUUUCUUCCAGCUGAACUGAAAUGGCUACAGUGGCAAGGGUGUCCUUUAGAACGCAUGCCUUUGGAAUUUUGGCCACGAGAGCUGACUGUCCUUGAUCUCAGAAACAGCAAGAAAAUAGAAACCUUGUGGGCAUGGAAUGGUUCCAAGGUGCCACAGAACUUAAUGGUUUUGAACCUUUCCUACUGCACGCAACUCACUUCUAUCCCUGAUUUAUCUGGGUGUCAACAUCUAGAGAAGAUUGAUCUGGAGAACUGCAUUAAUCUAACUAAGAUUCAUGAAUCAAUUGGCAGUUUGAGAACCUUGCGUAGUUUAAAUUUGACUCGUUGUUCAAACCUUUUCGACCUUCCGAUUGAUGUCUCAGGGCUUAAAGAUCUAGAGAGCCUUUUUCUCUCUGGCUGCUCCAAGUUGAAAACAUUACCAGAAAACAUAGGCAUCCUGAAAUCCUUGAAAGCACUUCAUGCUGAUAACACAGCUAUAGCUGAGAUGCCCCAGUCCAUUUUUCGCCUCACCAAACUAGAACGGCUUGUUUUAGAAGGUUGCCAACAUUUGAGAAGGCUACCUAGUUCUAUAGGACAUCUAUGUUCUUUGCAAGAAUUAUCUCUAUACCGGUCUGGAUUAGAAGAAUUACCUGACUCUGUUGGAACAUUGAAUAACCUUGAGAGACUCAAUUUGAUGUGGUGUGAAUCUUUCACUAUAAUUCCUGAGUCUAUAGGCAAUCUCAUUUCACUGACAGAACUUUUAUUUGAUAGAACUGCAAUUAAAGAACUUCCUUCUGCCAUUGGUUCUUUAUCUUGCCUGAGGGAGUUAUCAGUUGGAAAUUGUAAAUUUCUCACUUCAUUGCCAAAUUCAAUUAAAACUUUGGCCUCACUUGUUGAGCUUCACUUAGAUGGUACAACCAUCACAAAUUUGCCAGAUGAGAUUGGAGAGAUGAAGCUACUGAGGAAACUUGAGAUGAUGAACUGUAAAGAUCUUGAAUAUUUACCAGAAUCUAUUGGCCACCUAGCAUCUCUUACUUCACUGAACAUGGUCAAUGGAAAUAUCAGGGAAUUGCCAGAAUCCACUGGAUUGCUAGAAAAUCUUGUCACCUUAAGAUUGAACAAAUGUAGAAUGCUCAGAAAGCUUCCACCUUCUAUCGGAAAUUUGAAAUCUCUACAUCACUUUCUCAUGGAGGAAACGGCUGGGUCAAACUUACCUGAAAGCUUCGGUAUGCUCUCAAGCUUGAGAACAUUGAGAAUGGCAAAGAAGCCUGAUUUAAAUUCCAAUGAAAACAGCUUCCUUACAGAACCUGAAGAGAAACCCAGCCCUUUUGUACUAACAUCUUCCUUCUGCAAUCUGACCUUGCUAACAGAGCUUGACGCCCGAGCGUGGAGAAUAUCUGGGAAAAUUCCAGAUCAAUUUGAGAACUUAUCAGUAUUAGAGACUUUAAAUUUGGGCAUGAAUGAUUUUCACAGCCUUCCUUCCAGCUUGAAGGGCCUUUCUAUUCUCAAAGUGCUUUCACUUCCAAACUGCACUCAGUUGAUCUCUCUCCCUUCACUUCCUUCAAGCUUGAUUGAGUUGAAUGUUGAAAACUGCUCUGUAUUAGAAACUAUCCAUGACAUGUCAAAUUUAGAGAGCCUACAGGAGUUGAAACUCACAAACUGUGUAAAAGUGGUGGAUAUUCCUGGUCUUGAAAGUUUGAAGUCCUUGAGAAGAUUGUACCUUAGUGGUUGCACUGCAUGUUCCACACGAAUCCGCAAGAGACUUUCAAAGGUGGCAUUGAGGAAUUUACAGAACUUGAGCAUGCCAGGAAGCAAAUUACCAGAAUGGUUUUCAGGACAAACUAUCAGCUUCUCCAAGCCUAAAAAUCUUGAGCUAAAAGGUGUAAUAGUUGGUGUUGUUCUUUCAAUCAACCAUGGCAUUGAUAUACCUAAUAUGAAGCGAGAACAUAUGCCUGGAGUGGUUGAUGUUCAAGCAAAUGUUCUCAAACAGGGCAAGACUCUGUUUAGUACAGUGUUAAACAUUCGUGGGGUGCCAAGGACAGAUGAAGAACACAUACACCUGUGUAGGUUCCAUGAUUACCAUCAGCUGAUAGCUUUUUUGAAAGAUGCUGAUGCAUUGUGUGUGAGUAAGAGAAAUCCACCUUUUGAUAAGGGGUUGGAGUUAAAAAAAUGUGGGGUUCAUAUAAUCUUUGAAGGGGACGAUGAUUAUGAUGGAGGCGAAGAAUCACUAGACAAAGGCCUACAAUCUAUCUCAGAAAAAUUGGCCAAUUUUUUCAGCAGUGAUGAAGGUGGUGCUCCUAUCUACCGAUAAUGAAGAUGACCUCUAAAGCGGUUUCUCUUAAAAUCAUGCCAUAUGAGUAUCGGGUCGUGGGUGCGAAGGCUUGCCACUAUUGGAACGUGUGAGUGGGAGGUUGUGCAGUGGGAAUGCAAGGAUGAGAUGGGAGGUAAAAUGGUGGAAAGGGAAAAUAAUGGGGAAAAAGAGAAGGAAAGGAAAGAGAAAAGCAAGUGCUGCUACUGAAAAUCGCUUUGGCAGGGAAGCGAUGGAGCUCGUGAAAAGACAAAGGUUUGAGAAAAGUCCCGCGGGGUUGCUUAAGUAGUUUGUAAAAGUUAAGUACCGUCCCUUGUCACAAAUUUCCAUGAGAGUGGAGUAACAUGUCAAUGGAAAUUGCUAAAAUUAAGAUACAUACAUUCUUCAAGAUACGUUACUUGAGUCUAUAUGAAGAAGUUUGAUUUAUUUUCCAAGAUAUACAUUCCUUCUAUAAUAAUUAAUUUUUUUAAAAUUUAUCA